UUCCGGGGUGAGCUUCUGAGUCAGAGGUGGACACACGGAGACAAGGCCGACAACUGUAGGACCCCGAGACUCUUCCUGGGCGGACGCGGCAAGAUGAGCUUAGAAAAUGAUGAAAAGAGAGCUCGUACAAGAUCCAAGGCCCUCCGAGCUCCCCUGGAGCCCACAGGAGCCGACCUCAGCUGUCCCACCCCUGGAUGCACAGGCUCGGGGCAUAUCCGUGGCAAGUACUCCAGGCACCGAAGUUUGCAGAGCUGCCCUCUGGCCAAGAAGAGGAAGCUAGAGGGCCCCGAGGCCGAGCACCUGGGGUCCAAGCGGAAGGCACCCCCGCUGAAGCUGGCUCUGGACGAGGGCUACGGCGUGGACAGCGACGGCAGUGAGGACACUGAGGUGAAGGACGCCUCUGUUUCCGAUGAAUCGGAAGGAACUGUGGAGGAGAACGAGGCCGAGGCGCCGGCACAGGAGGAGAUUCAUCGCCCCGAGCCAGCUGAAGGAAGGAGCCCAGUAAAGGCGCAUUUUGGAUCCAAUCCCAUCAGCAGCCCCUCGGGCUCCUCCAAGGGCAGCUACAGCAGCUAUCAGGAAAUCAUUGCAACUUCUCUCCUAAAUUUGGGCCAAAUCGCUGAAGACACCCUGGUUGGCGGAGACUCAGGCCAGGUGGCCACGCCAGGUCUAGUUCAGGAGGCUGAGGAAGAAGCCACCAGUGAUGAGGGGGAGAAGGAGGACUUUAUUCAGCCGGAGGACGUGGAGGAGGUGAUUGAAGUCACCAGUGAGCGCUCCCAGGAGCCGUGUCCUCAGUCUCUGGAGAGUGUGGCCAGUGAGGCAUCCAGUAAGCAGAAAGUGAUCCUGGGCAACGAGGAGGAAGAGGAGGAGGAGGAGGAGGAGGAGGAAGAUGAUGAGGAGGAAGAAGAUGAGGAGGAGGACGAGGAAGACGAGGAGGAGGCCCCUCCUGAUGUAAUCUGCCAGGAGGAUGCCCCCCAUGUCCCUGCCCCAAAGAGUCCUCAGCCACGGGGCCCAGUGCCUCCCAGCCCCAAGCCCGGGUACUCCGUCCUGGUGGAGGUGCGGUCCGAUGACGGCAAAGACGAGGACUCGCGCUCCCAGAAGUCUGCAGUCACAGACGAGUCGGAGAUGUAUGACAUGAUGACCCGUGGCAACCUGGGCCUCCUGGAGCAGGCCAUUGCCCUGAAGGCCGAGCAGGUGCGGGCUGUCUGUGAGCCGGGAUGCCCACCUGCCGAGCAAGGCCCGCUGGGCCCGGGCGAGCCGGGGAAGGCAGUGAGGCCCCUGGACGCUGCCCGGAAGAGCUACUGCAGCAAAGAUCCCUCAAGAACUGAGAAGCGUGAGAUCAAGUGUCCGACACCUGGCUGUGACGGCACCGGCCACGUCACUGGGCUGUACCCUCACCACCGCAGCCUGUCUGGCUGUCCCCACAAGGACAGGAUCCCCCCGGAGAUCCUGGCCAUGCACGAAAACGUGCUCAAGUGCCCCACUCCUGGCUGCACAGGCCAGGGCCACGUGAACAGCAACCGUAAUACGCACAGAAGUUUGUCUGGGUGUCCCAUUGCUGCUGCCGAAAAAUUAGCCAAAUCUCAUGAGAAGCAACAGCCACAGCCGGGAGAGCCUUCCAAGAAUAGCUCCAAUUCGGAUCGGAUCCUCAGGCCCAUGUGCUUCGUGAAGCAGCUUGAGGUCCCUCCAUAUGGAAGCUACCGGCCCAGCGUGGCGCCCACCACACCCAGGGCCAACCUGGCCAAGGAGCUGGAGAAGUUCUCCAAGGUCACCUUUGACUACGCAAGUUUUGAUGCUCAGGUUUUUGGUAAGCGCAUGCUUGCCCCAAAGAUUCAGACCAGCGAAACCUCACCGAAAGCCUUUAAAUGCUUCGACUACGCCCACGAUGCAGAGGCCGCGCACAUGGCUGCCACUGCCAUCCUGAACCUCUCCACGCGUUGCUGGGAGAUGCCUGAGAACCUCAGCACGAAGCCACAGGACCUGCCCAGCAAGGCCGCGGACAUUGAGGUGGAUGAGAACGGAACCCUGGACUUGAGCAUGCACAAGCACCGCAGGCGGGAGAACACUUUCCCCAGCGGGAGCAGCAGCAGCAGCAGCCCUGGCGUGAAGUCAGCUGACGCCUGCCAGCGCCAGAGCAGUACCAGCGCCCCCAGCCGCUCCCUGACCUCACCCUCGUCCAGCCACGCCUCCCGCCAGGAUGAGUGGGACCGGCCUCUGGACUACACCAAGCCCAGCCGCCCACGAGAGGAGGAGCCUGAGGAGUCAGAGCCAGCAGCCCAUUCUUUUGCUUCUUCUGAAGCAGAUGACCAGGAAGUGUCGGAGGAGAAUUUUGAGGAGCGGAAGUACCCCGGGGAGGUCACCCUGGCCAACUUUAAGCUGAAGUUUCUCUCCAAGGACAUAAAGAAGGAGCUGCUCACCUGCCCCACCCCUGGCUGUGACGGCAGUGGCCACAUCACUGGGAACUAUGCCUCCCACCGCAGCCUCUCUGGUUGCCCUCUUGCUGACAAGAGCCUCAGAAACCUCAUGGCUGCCCAUUCUGCUGACCUCAAGUGCCCCACGCCCGGCUGCGAUGGCUCAGGCCACAUAACGGGGAACUACGCGUCGCACCGGAGCUUGUCAGGCUGCCCUCGUGCCAAGAAAAGUGGAGCCAAGGCUGCACCUGCGAAGGACGACAAGGAAGACCCUGAGCUGAUGAAGUGCCCGGUUCCAGGCUGUGUGGGGCUUGGUCACAUCAGCGGCAAAUACGCCUCUCACAGAAGCGCAUCCGGCUGCCCGCUGGCAGCUCGGAGGCAGAAAGAGGGUUCCCUCAACGGCUCGUCUUUCUCCUGGAAGUCCCUGAAGAAUGAGGGGCCCGCCUGCCCCACCCCAGGCUGUGACGGCUCUGGUCAUGCCAAUGGGAGCUUCCUCACUCACCGCAGCUUGUCUGGCUGUCCCAGAGCGACCUUUGCAGGAAAGAAGGGAAAACUCUCAGGGGAUGAGGUUCUUGGCACGAAAUUCAAGACGAGUGAUGUGCUGGACAACGACGAGGAGAUCAAGCAGCUGAACCAGGAGAUUCGAGACCUAAAUGAGUCCAACUCUGAGAUGGAGGCCGCCAUGCUGCAGCUGCAGUCCCAGAUCUCGUCCAUGGAGAAGAGCCUGAAGAACAUCGAGGAGGAGAACAAGCUCAUCGAGGAGCAGAACGAAGCCCUGUUUCUGGAGCUGUCGGGCCUGAGCCAGGCCCUCAUCCAAAGUCUUGCCAACAUCCGCCUUCCGCACAUGGAGCCGAUAUGUGAGCAGAAUUUUGACGCCUAUGUCAGCACCCUCACCGACAUGUACUCCAACCAGGAGUGCUACCAGAACCCCGAGAACAAGGACCUCCUCGAGAGCAUCAAGCAGGCCGUGAGGGGCAUCCAGGUCUAG